AUGUCUUCGGUAGAUGAUACAGAAUUUAUUAAUCCUGAUGAAUUGAUAACGUAUAUAUUUCCAGAUUUCAACGCUAUCAAAUAUUUUCAACGGGACUUCAUUAAUACAAAUGAAUUCCAUUUGCUUGAGGAAAAUGUUUCAUCGGGUUUUGAUAUCUAUUUGGUAGAGCAAUGGGUACUUAACAGGAAGAUCGGUACUAUAAUAUCAACGUAUACUGGUAACAUGGAGUCGAAGGUGGCAGUCAUUAAGUUGACGGUAUUGAAGAAACCAGUGAAAAGUUAUCCACUUCGAUUCCAGGAAUAUUUGAAUGAACUCAUGCUUAAUCAUGCCAAAAUCAAGAAGAUGGAUAACGAAAUACAAAUGGCUCCUAAGGAGUUACUAUUUGUGACGAAUUCAGCAUCUUUGCCAUCAAAUCUCAACUUGAUUACUAUACCCACUGGAGAUAUAAGACUGAUGGAGAAUGAUUUUAUUGUGAAUUCAAAUUUGAAAAAGUUACACUGUAGUGGGAGAUCGUUGUCAUUAUUCACAAAUAAAAUAUCUGGUGCAAAUGAAGACAAAUUUAGGCAUGUCUAUAAGAUUUAUAAUCUUAAAGUGCCCAUAAAGUUUGCUAUAAAGGAAUUAGUGAAUUUGAUACAGAUGUGUUUGUUCUACUUUGAUCUUCUAGACGCCAAGUACUGCGAUGGAUUACUUUGUAAUAAGACAGAAGAAAGUAUUAGUGAGUGGUGGAAUUUAAUUGGUUUACCCCAUUAUAGCUUCAAGCCUAAUAUCAGGAAUGGAAUAUUACCGUCAAGAACAAUAGCUGCGGUAAUUAGUUUGGUUUUGAGUGUCAAAAUAAGACUUCAGAUGGUUGGAGGUUGUGAUGUACCCAAAGAUCCAUUUGAUUUUGAAAACUUUAUGCUUUCAAUAGGUCAAUUCCAAAGACAAUUUAAAUUGGAUAAGCUGAGAAAAUUAGAUUUACAGACGUUGAAUAAAUUAUUUACUAUCACUAACGCAAAGAUAAUACCUGAGAAAUCUAAUUUUAACUACGAUCAUAAUGAUGAAGUUCAACCUGAUAAUUCAAUGAAUCCUUCAAAUUUGAAUUCUAAUUUAUCAUCUCCGUAUAAAAAAAAUAAGAAUUAUUACAGUAAAGAAUUCAAGAAAUUUACCAAUGUUGUCAAAAAUACAGUUCAGGACCAUAUCAUUGCACCUAACAAGGACAGUGAUGAUGCUUUUCAAAACAUGAAUCCCAAAUCAAGUGGUAGAAUUAGAAAUAGAAUUGCAAAACUAGCUGACAACGUAAGUCCAUUGGAUGUUGAAACUUUGGACUUAGAAGUAUUAGUUAAGAAUUACCUCUGUGGUAAAGUUUUACCCAGAUUAUGGUUUGGUACUUAUCAAUCUAUCCCAUCCGAUCUACCAGAUUCCCUUCAACCUCCUCAACUGGGACAUCAUCAUCAUCGUCAUCACAACUCGAAUAAUGAUUCAAAGUCUUACAGGUUUAUAAGCUUAAAGGAUGCAAUUAGCCAUACUCAAAGUUUACCAUAUUAUACAAAUUCAUCGUCAUCUGUUCCGGACGCUUCAAAAUAUUCUCGGGGUUUCAACAAGAUGAAACUUGGUUUACAAAAUCGAAAGCUUCUAGUGUCAAGCAACACACCUAAAAAGCAUAAUUUAACAUUACAAGUAGCGGCUGAUAAUAAUGACGGCAAUAGUAAUUCGCAAGGUAAUUCUACGUCGAUGUUGGAUUCAUUUCUCACUCCUGAUGAUAUUUGUCCCCAGUACGAAGGUAGAAACGAUGAAUCAAGCACACAUUCUAUAGCAAACCAGCAUUAUAUCUCAAAAUUCAAAACAAUUUUAAACCGGAGGAAUUCUUAUCCAUUUGUGGUUCAACAAGGUGAGAUGAAUCUUAAUGUCAUUGGAUUUUCACGCCAUGAUAUUGAACCAGAAAAUAAUAGAUUCCAGUUGCAACGUAGCUUGAGUUGUUCAUUAUUAGAAGAUUACUUUUGUUCCAAAUCUGAAAAGCCAAUUGUCUCAAUUGAUAAACUAUCAUCUAACUACUUAAACAAUGUAAAUAACCUAGUUAAAAUUGAAAAUAUUGAGAAGAAUAAUAACGAUUCAUCCACAGAUUUAAUAACUACAAAGAAAAUCGAAAAUUUAUACAAUAAAUUGAAUCAUGAGAUCAUUACAUUUAAUCAUAUGCAUAAUCAAGUAAUUAAUAAUAAGAAUAGGAUCCUUGAAGGUGAUUUAGUCAACAGUCUAAAUUUUAAUCUCGAUGAUUUAUCAGCAACAAUUGAUAGAUUAGUUUAUGAGACUAGAAUUGUUGGAAAAAGAAUCAAUGAAUUUGAGGAAAAUUCUAACUUGCUUGACAGUAAACUAAAUACACAAAGCAUGAAAAAGCUAUCCAAACUAAUUGACAAUUUGAUCUAUCUGAAUCGAUUCAAUCAAACUUUUGACGAUAUGAAUGAAAAGAAAUCUAUUAUUUCAGAAUUAACUGGUGAGGAUCCUAAGGAAUUAAAUUGUACCGAAAAUUCACUGUCCAAGGGAGACAACAUUUUGAGGAUCUUGAUUAUUUUCAUCUAUGAAUUCUUGUCGUAUAUUUUCCAAGUCUUCAAUCUUGAUAGAAGCAAAAUGAAUUUUGAUAGGAUCAGUCAAACGUGGAAAAAAGUUGAUCCAAAUAAAAAGUACAUCAACAAAAUUUAUUCUAUCAUAGGUAAGGAUCCCUCUAAGACUUCACUUUCAAAAGACUCAAUCAAGAAAAAUAAAUCAUAG